CUUUACGAUUACUAAUAAUAACAAAAUUAACAAAAUGCAAACCACCAAAAAUACAAAUGAAUGUAUUAAUUGGAUUGAAGAAUCUAUACUGUAUCUAGGAAUAUUAUGGAUUUUAUGAACAAGAAUAUUCAAAGAAUUGGUACUGGAGGAUUCGGUAAAGUUUAUCGUGCAAAUUGGAAAAAUUCAGACCAAUAUUUAGCGUUAAAAUCCUUUUUCAAUCUUGAUGACGUCACUGCAAAGAAAUAUCAUAAUAUAGUUCAAACUUCAACGUGAUAUACAAUUUCAUAAUAUUAUUAUUAAAUUCUAUGGAGUCGCACAAUUUGACCCAGGUAUG